AUGCCUUUGGAUAGAUCUCCUCCUAGAACUGAGACAACUAACUCUACUGUUCCGUCUACUUCAACUGCUUUGACAUCUUCGAAAGAGAACAUUUUAAAUCAGGUGGGAUCGGAAAUUUUUAAUUCACCCUCUGGAAAUAUGCAACAGCAAUCUGGUGAGUCCAUUCAGAUCCAUUCUAAUGAAUUUCGUCUGGUAAAACUUCCCACAUUCUGGCACAAGCAACCUAAAUUGUGGUUUGCUCAAGUCGAAAGCGAAUUUUUGGUAUUUCGUAUACGUUCCGAAGAAAUAAAAUAUAGUACUGUUAUCCGUCAUCUCGAUGAAAAGGCAUUAAUUGUCGUUUCGGAAAUUGUUGAAAAUCCACCCGAAAAUGAUAAAUAUAACGCUUUAAAAUCGGCGCUCAUUAAUCGCUUCACGGAUUCAGAAGAAAAACGCUUACGUCAAUUAUUAGCCGGAAUUGAAUUGAAUGAUAAAAAACCAACGGAGCUUUUACGAGAGAUACGCCAAUUAUCCGGUGGAUCUUUAGCGGAUAAUAUUUUACAUUCACUUUGGCUUCAACGUUUGCCAUACAAAGUUCAAGCGACUUUAGCUGUUGUUGAGGACGUACCCUUAAUCAAGCUAGCUGAACUCGCUGAUAAAAUAGUCGAACGUGAUACCGGGUAUCAAAUAACCGAAGUAAAUACUUCUUUAAAAUCAAAGCAAUCGGAUCUUGCCGAUUUAGAAAAAAGAAUUGCUGCGCUGGAAGUUUUUCGUCGUCGCGGUAGAUCUUUUAGUCGAUCUCGAAGUAAAACAAGAUUAAGAUCUAAUUCAAAAGAUAAAAAGUCGGAUUCUAAGGAACAAAUUUGUUUUUAUCACAAGAAAUUUGGAGAUAAAGCAAAGAAAUGUACAAUUCCUUGUACUAAGUCAAAAACUCUUUGUCUCACUGAUUCAACGGAAAACUAG